UACGACGUUCAAGCCUCUUUAUAUACAUAUACGUUUAUCAUUUUUUCCAAAGUGUAGGUGGAUGUUGAUCGAAACACUAGCAAACGAAUUAUAAGCGAGUGUUAGUGAAUUUUGGUGGGGGACAGCACUUUCGCCGACAGCGUGGCGGCAAUAGAAUUCAGUCUGUUACCAUCAUCAGUCACGAUUGGUUUUUCAUCAAAACUCACAUUGAGCAAACACUAAAAAUGCCACCGAAAAGAGAAAAAUAUAUAGGCCACUGUGGAAAAGCCACAUCGAUUUAGGGCGAGUUCCUCUCUUAGUUUCAAUUAUAUAUAUAUAUUGUGUGAGAAAAUUUUCGUUUUCAAAGGAUAUGUUUUCUGGAAUUAUUUAAGAUCUUUAUAUAUUGAAAAUAAUAAUAAUAAAUGUAAAUUAAAAAUUCGAGUAUACUGAUACUGAAGAUUUUGCAAGGGGCUUUGCUUGUCAUUUCGUUGUGGUAAAAGAAAAGGAAAAAAAAGAAGUAAUAAAAAUAGAGAAAAAAGAUCAUGAAUGAUAAAAGGAGAUGAAAGAAUUAACUGAUUGGAUCGAGGAACACGUGCUCUUUAAUCCCGUUGACGUUUGCGUUUCAACGGAAGGAAAAAGAAACACUCUCCUAUAUAUACGUGUAUACACCGCACGGAAGUUCAGUGACAGUAAAGACGAUAUUAUUUAUUAUUCAAAGCAAAGGAAAUGGUUAACGGCAGAAGAUCGAGAUAUGAAAAUUUUAAAAUUGAAAGAAAGAAAACGGAAGUGCUUUCUUUCAGUGGCGGAAGAAGAGUUGAUGUGAUAGUAAAUAGAAGAUAGGAGAGAAGAAGAAGAAGAAGAAGAAAAGAAGGAAGUGGAGGAAGUGGUGCAGAUUUGAAGAGACAAGAAAAGUGGUAUCGAGAAGAGAGCGCCGUCGCAAAGAAGUUGUGGACAUCGCCAGGGUAUAUGCAUAGUGUAUUAAUAGUAAUUAUCAGGGUGGGGAUCGCUCGCUGGUGAAAAUAGAAAAGAAUGUUUUUGGAAUCCAAUUGGACUUGGUUGGCAGAAGGAUGGGGUAAUAUGGCCGACUUGGCCGAGCGGGUGGACGAUUUGAUAUGCAGUUUUGAUUCGUCCAGUGAGACGACCAUGGACACGUUGUCGAUGCUGAUAUUCGGCUGGAUGCUGUUUGGCCUGGUGGUGUUGUGUGUCGGGAAAUAUGUCUAUAAUCGUUUUGUUCUUCAGGAAGCGGUGAAAAAUAGUGCGAGCACGAAAGAGGUACAUUCCACAUUGCAUGUAGGUGAGAGUGUUGUGCUUAUUGGUGCGGGUGCAGGAGCUGGUGCAGCGGGUAGAUCGUUACCAUUUGAGAAGCUCACAAAAACAACGACAUCAAGUGCAAAGUCCACGGGGACAGGAAGUGCAAGUGCAUCAGGUGGUGGUGGUGGUGGAAUUUUCACCUCCUCAGCGUCUUCGGCUAAUUCCAGUUCAACGGGCUAUGUGCCACCGACACCGCCAGUUAGAAAAAGACUCACGAGAAAGACAUCAGGUCCACUGAUAAGUCCGGCAAGAAGUUCGAGGGCUCUUAAUUUGCCAACGGCCACCGGCGCUGAUCCCGAUGCCGUCAGAUGGGUCAACGAGCUCCUCGUCUGGCUGCACGCGGAUCUACCUGCCCUCGAUGAACUUCUCGCUACCUGGGUGGCGUCUCUUAAUGAUUUCACUGCCAACUCUGUCGAGGAGCAUGGUAUUGGAGUGGAAUUUGUCAAAGUUCUUCCGGAAACACAUCCACCAGUUUUAUCCAACAUUUUCUGCGAAUGUGACUCGAAAGACGAUGUGACCAUCACAUGUGAUUGUGAGGCAACUCCAGCUUUACAAUUAAGGGCCUUACGUCAAAAAGGAGAUAAAGUCGAAUCCAGCCAUUAUCGAGUCAACGUCAACCGUUUCCGUGCUCGUCUCAAUGUUAUUUGCAUCACGGAAAAACUACUUAUUGAUUUAAAAUGCGAUGGGUGGCCUGAGAUCAAAGUAUCACUUGCUGCAGUGGGAACAAUAAAAAAGGACGUGAAAGAAAGCCACUUACAAGAAAUAGUUACCGAAAUUGUUGUAGCGGCAUUAAGAGGAACGAAUGUUCAUCUAAAUUUAUCUCAAUAUUCGUCAUGUCCUCGACUUUGGAGAGAACACACUCAAACUGGUUAUUCAUUACAGGGACAUUAUGAUAGUAUGCACAUGUCGAAUUCAUUGAUGCAUCAACGACAUCCUCAAUUUCAUUCCUCUUCAUCAACAAUACAGCAAUAUUUACCCGGUGAAAGGAGAUUACUUGUUAAAAUAGUGAAAGCCACGGAUUUAGGUGGUAAUCAAGGUUGCAAAGAACCUUAUUGUGUCGUUGAAUUGGACGAUCCACCACAAAAGAAUCAAACUUCUAUAAAAAAAGAUACGAUUAAUCCUCUUUGGGAUGAGGCUUUCCUCUUCGACGUCAAUCGAAAUACGACUGAAGUACUUUUGGAAUUAUUCGAUCAUAUAAAUAAAACAAAUAGAUUUUUAGGUUUGGGAAUUGUGGGAGUGGAAGAAUUAUUGGUGAAUCCUAGUCAAAGACAAAUUAUUCCUCUUCAAGGAAAACCCUACGACGAAGAUGAAAUUACUGGAACUCUUACUGUUGAGUUUCUACUCAUCGAAGGUGCUGAAGUGCCUCAGAUUGGGACCAAGCCGUACAAAGUGAAGGAAACGAUAAAGCCGGUAUCGCCGACGAGAACCUACAGCCCGACGAAUAAUCUCCUGAGCACCAAUAGUUUAAACUACAACAAUGGUAACAGCACUCUUAUCUUGUACGACACUACCAGUGAGUCCGCAGGGGACUUUCUGACGAAUGGAAACGCAAUGGAGUCUCCGUACCGAAGUGGGCAGACGAACGGCAACAAAGGAACAUUGAUUGUCCACAGCCAACAAAGGCAACCGGAGCGACACGUUGUCAAGGUAACAUUGAACGAAAAUGGAAGCUGGCAGGAGAUUUGCUCUCAGACAGGAAACAAUAAAGACCUCACUUCAGGAACGGAGAGUACACCAAAUUCAUCCACAUCUGAAAGUAUUCGAGAUAGGGGAAGACCCAGAAGGAAACGAAGAGACUUCUUUGGGACCAUAAAGAAGCGUUUAUCGAGAUCGAAAACAAGGAGUCGAUCUGUAGGUCCUGAUGGAGAUGCAAAUCAUGAAGAAACACAUUCUCGAUCAAUUUCUGCUGAUCGAGCUAGAGAUACCGGUUCCGUUGCUUGGUGCAUCCAAGUGUGUUGCAUGAGUGAACAAUUAACGAAAAUUACAGCAACCUUAUCGGUACCAGGAAGAGAAGAACACUCCAGAAGAUCAAGUUUAAGUGAAGCUUCAGGCAUCAGUGGAACUUCAACAAGAACUUACAUUAAUGAAGCUUCAACCUUAAUUCUGGAAACUCUUGAAAAUGGAAUCACAAAACACUACCUCGUGCCUCUGUCGCUAGCACAAAAAAGUAAAUGGAGGAAAAAGGGAAUAAAACUCCACAUUUUUAAUGAUCACACAUUCAUUGCCAGGCACAUACCAGGGGGCACCGUUUGUCAAGUGUGCAAGAGAACACUGGCCAGAAGAUUAGGAAAGCAGGGUUACGAAUGCAGGGAUUGUUUAAUGAAAUGCCAUAAACAUUGUCACGUUAAAGUUGACAAUAUGUGUCCAUCUUCAACAAUUCAAAGUAUCGAAAUGAUUCUCAUCAGAGUUACAAGAUUCGAGAGAAAAUCAAGAAGACUUCUUUGCUAGCGAGAACUUUCUUCGUCAUUUGCAUCGAGCUAGAGAAUUAAGUCUAAUUAAGCUUCCAAGUGAAGGAUAAUUUUUUUUUUUUUUUUUUUGAAUGCCAAUGGUACUAAGGAAUAUGAGUAACCGUUGGUUUCUUUUUUUUCGAAUCGAUGAUACGCUGGCACAACGAUAAUAAACGUUCGAUAAAUACAAGUAAUUGUGAUAUAAUAUAACACUUUACAAGAAAAUUUUUUAAAUAUUUACUAUAUAGAUUUACUCUAUUUACUCUCUGAAUCUGAAUCAAUGGAAAGCAGUAAAAAAAAAAAUUUAUUGAAGUAAAUCAAUAAGAGGAAUUCAUUUUUCUACAGAAAAAUUCAGUUGAACAAAAUUAAACGAGCUUAAACUACUUUUUCACUGUUUCUAAAUAAAGCAAUUGAUUUCAAUUAAUCAAAUUCCACUGAGAUUCAGUAUUAGAAAGUACGCCUUUAUGCAAAGGUAUGAAAAUCUUCCAUCAAGUGUGAAGACCUAUUUAUAUAUAUUAUUAGAAGAAAGAUCUCCCCCCAUUGAAAGAAACGCUUGAGACCAAUCUUUUAAGUCUAUAAAACGAGAAAUGCAUUUUUUUUCCUUUCUUUGAAAUAAAGAAAAAAGAUUUAUAAUUUUUCAAUAAGACUUUUAUCAAAUAAAAAUUUAUAAUUCAUUAUUUUGAAUUAAAAAAAAAAUAUUAAUUAAAAUUAAUUUAAUUAAUGAAAUAAUUAAUUCAUUGCGCAAAAUAUAUUACAGGGGAAAUUUUUAUACUUUCUUACGGGAUUAAAAAAAUUAUUCGAAAGUAAAUUUUUUUUGUAUAUAUAAAUAAGCAGUCUUUUUUUUGAAGACUUUUAAACUCUUUUUUUCCAUAUUGAUAAUUUUUUAAUCAAUUUUUGAUAUUUGAAAUAAUUAGAAAACAAGUAUUGUUAAUUUUCAGAAUAAAAAUUUUGUACAUUUUUUUUUGAUCAAUUUUCAUAUGUAGUAAUUUUGUACAUGGAAAAUAUUACUGAUUUGUAUAUAAUUAUAUUCCCAAGAGCAAAGUUUCGUUGUGCUGACGUAUUUUCGUGUCUACUAUUUAUUUCGAAUGAGAUUUUUAUAUUUCGAACGAUUUAAGUAGUUUUAAUUAUUUUUCAAGGCACAAACUAAGCCUUUAGUUGUUUUUUUUUCAAUUAUUUUAUUUGUAAAAAACAAAAACUUUUCACUCUAUUUAAAAUAUUUAUAUUUUAUUGUUCAUUAUAAAAACUGAAAAAAAAAUAUUUUCAUCAAUUUUGAAGAGGAGAAAUACUUUAUUGUUUUUUUUUUCCAAGUUUUUAAUCGAACGACUGAACAGAGUAUUACUCAAAAUUAUUUUAUGAAUAUAAAUAUGUAGUUGAAAAGUUUUCAAGAGAGCCAUUUACAUUAUGUUAAUAUUGUUUGUUUUCUUUUUAUUUGUUACUAUACUGAAAAAAAUGUUUAUUUGGUUAUUCAUUUUUUUUAAUGAAAUAUAUCUGUAAUUUAGGGUCCCCAAUUAUUCUAGACGGUAAAUUUUCAUUUUUUAAACACUGAAUAUUAAAGUAAUUUAAAAAUUAAAGAAAAAAAAUUAUUAAACGAGAGUAAUUAAAAUUUUUUAAAUCAAAAUAAAGAUGAUGAACGUAAUGAAAAAUAGUAAAAUUUAAAUGAAUAAAUAAAGAAAAGAAAAAUCUAAAGUAAAAAUUUGAAAUUGUGUAGAAAUAAAUGGAUAAGAAAAUAAUUGAAAAAUUGAAAAUAAAGGAAUUAUGUAAGUAAUAUUGAGAAUUUGGAAAAAAAUUUGAAAUUGUAAAAUCAAAAUUUGAAGAACAUUAUUUUUUGAAAAAUGAAAUUUUUAUCAGAUUUGUAUAAUCUCAAUGAUUUGUUUGGAAAAUUUAAAUUCAAUGUCAAUAAAUAUUGAAAUUUAAAUUAUUUUGAAAAUUUCUAAAUCAAAAAGAUUUCAACUAAUCAUUGACAUUUUUUUAAAGAAUAAAUAGUAAUCGAAUUUUAAUGUUGAAUUUAAUUUUUUUUCAAAUUAUCUCCAAAAAAAAAAAAAUAUUUCUGCAAUAAUUAAUAUCCUAUAAUUUUUCUAUUCUUUAAUUUUUUCCUAUCAUUAAAUUUCCAAUUAUUUUUUUUCUUUUCUUUAUUUCUUUAUUUAUUUAUUUUUUUUUAUUCUAAAUAAUUUUUAUAUCUAUAUUUAUUGUCUUCUAUUGAAGCGUUAAAAUUAAAAAUUAAAAAAAGAAUGUCUAGAAUUCUUGAAGAUUUUGUCGAUUUUCGAAACAUUGUCAAAGCAAAUUUAUUUAUUUCCAUAUUUGAAGAAGGCAAAUUUUCAUAGCGUUAAAAGAUUGUAUUUAUAAAUAAAUAUCUUGAAAGUAGAUUUUUUCUUAAUUUUAAAAAGAGAAAAAAAAAAAUAUUCUCUAAUUUAUUGCUAUGAAAAUGUGCAUUUUACACACGACUGUUUGCAUUUUCAUGACUCGAAGGUUCUAGAAGACCUAAUUUAGGCUACGUUUCUAUUUCUAUUCUAAAGAACCGAUCAACUGUAUAGAUUAUAUGCCUAGAUUUUUGCAUAAAUCCUAGCACACGAGAUAAAAAUCUAUUGCAAAUAUAUGAAAGUGAGUACGUGUUAUUUGUAAUAAUUAUAUACAUAUACAUAUAUAUAUAUAUUAUAAUGAUAACGAUAUCGAUAAUAAAUUGUAAGGUGCGAAAAAAAAAUCGCAACUCCAACGCAAUCAUAAUAUUAUUAAUUAAAUAUUUAUAUAUGAAUGCUGAGCAAAAAUUAAAAUAAAAUAUAUUCUAACAGGAUUAGAAUAUUUUAUAAAUUACAAAUUACUUUUUAGUUUCUAAUUAUUAUUUUGUAAAUUUAUACACGCGUCUAUUAAUAUUGAAUAUUAAUUUCUUUUUAUUAAAAUUUAAAUUAUUAAUAAUAUUUAGUUGAUAAUUUAACGUUAAAUUAAAUUAAAUUAAAUUAAAUUAAAUUAAAUUAAUUAAAAUAAAUUUAACAUUAAGUUAAAUUUGUAGUAAUUAUAGUUUUAAUUCUUCAGAAUUAUUUUGCAUCAUGAAUUUUACAUCUCAUGCCAUUUUGAAAAUAUAGAGAAUUAAAAAAAUUUUGUUAUUUUGAAAAUAAAUUUUCUUCAAAAAAAACUGUAAAAAAAUGAAAAUUUAAAUUAUUUAUAAUAAAAAAAAAUAAUAAUAAAAAUCGCCAAAUAUUUCUGUAUCAAAAAUGAUAAAUUGAAUAAUUAAACAAAAAAGUGAUUUGUAAUAUUUUCUGCACAGCCUAAUGUCGAUCAAUGAUUUAUACAACGUUUUUAAAGCAAUUUAUCAAUUAGGAUCUACAUUUAUAAUUUAAGAUUUAAGAUAAAAUCAAAAUCCAAGCACUGUGUGAUGAAAUUUUUUUUUUUUGCUUCGUCUCAUUACAUCUUAUUGUUAUAAUAUUUACUCACUGAAUUAUUAUAUUUUUCAAUUCAUCUUUGUUAAUAUUUUUAAGAAUUCUUGUUAGGACUAAAAAUACGAUAUUACUGGAAUUAUUAUUUUUUUUUGUAAUUGAUUCACUAUUUAAAAUUCCAAUGAAUAAAAAUUGAUAAUUAUUAGUAGUAAAUAAUAAAGUUAGAAUUGCUAAUUAAUUAAUUAUUACACCGUUAAUAUCAUUAUUAUUUUCUAUUUAAAAUAAAAAAAAUUAAUUAUUAAUUCAAAAUUCAUUAAUAAUUCAUGAAACUAUUUUUGGUAUUCAAGAAAAUUUCCAGAAAAAUGUAUUUUAAAAAUAUUAAAAAAAAAAAUUGAAUUCCAGUUUGAAUAUUGUAGUCUUUAUUUAUUUAGUUUUUUUUUUUUUUUUAAUUUCAUUUUUACGACUAGCGUCAUAAUAUGAAAUGUACAUUGUCGACGAAAAAUAUGAUCAUAUAGUGCCUAUAUAGAUGUUGUUGCAAUAUUACAUUUUACAUUAUACAUAAUUCAUAUAACGUUGUAAUUUUAUCAUUGUAUCAUAAAGAAUUUAUUCAUUGACAGUAUUUCCGGUUAUCCUGUGAAAAAUUCUGUCAUCAUCGAAUCUUCAAACUCUAAAAGAUAUAUAAAAUAUUAUAUAUGCUAAUGUAAUACAGUUAUAUUGGAGACAAUUUUGCGCGAAGCCCAAAGGGAUAUUAUUAUAUACAUAUUAUGUAAAAGAGAUAAAAUAAUAUAUUAUGAUCGCACAAUCCCUA